AGACACAGUGACCCAAACAAGAAGCAGCAAGCUAGAAGAAACUGAGGGAAACCAGGGGUUUUAGCAGGGAGAAAAAGAGAGAGAGAGAGAGAGAGAGAGAGAGAGAGAGAGUUGAGGAUGGACGUGAUAAAGACGCAGCAAAUAUCAGCGAGACCAAUAGAGAAGGUGAUCGUGCACCCCCUGGUGUUACUGAGUAUAGUAGACAACUAUAACCGUGUUGCUAAGGACACUCGCAGGCGUGUUGUAGGUGUCCUCCUCGGUAGCUCCUACAAAGGCACCGUCGAUGUCUCCAACAGCUACGCAGUGCCUUUUGAGGAAGAUGACAAGGACUCUAGCAUAUGGUUUCUUGACCACAACUACCAUGAAGCCAUGUUUUCAAUGUUCAAAAGAAUUAAUGCCAAGGAGCAUGUUGUAGGGUGGUAUAGUACAGGCCCGAAGCUACGGGAGAAUGAUCUCGAUAUUCAUCAAUUAUUCCACAACUAUGUUCCAAAUCCUGUAUUGGUUAUCAUUGAUGUCCAGCCAAAGGAGCUGGGAAUACCCACCAAGGCCUACUAUGAUGUUGAAGAGGUUAAAGAGAAUGCUACUCAGAAAAGCCAGAAGGUUUUUGUACAUGUGCCUUCAGAAAUUGCAGCUCAUGAAGUUGAGGAAAUCGGAGUGGAACACUUGCUGAGGGAUGUGAAGGAUACCACCAUCAGUACUCUAGCAACUGAGGUCACUGGAAAACUUACAGCCCUUAAAGGUCUGGAUGCACGACUAAGAGAGAUCCGUGGUUACCUUGAUCUUGUUAUUGAUGAGAAGCUUCCAUUGAAUCACGAGAUACUUUACCAUUUACAGGAUGUGUUCAAUCUGCUACCGAACCUCAAUGUGAAUGAAUUAAUUAAGGCCUUUGCAGUAAAAACAAAUGAUAUGAUGUUGGUCAUAUAUCUUUCAUCACUCAUCCGCAGUGUCAUUGCACUGCACAACUUGAUCAAUAACAAGAUGCUGAACAAAGAACAUGAAAAGGCUGAGGAUGCAAAGCCAGCAGCAGUCCCAGCUGCCAGUGCAAGCUAAAGAGCUAGUUUGUUGGGCAUUUUGGUUUCAGCCAUGACAGAACUCAAACGUGUGGAAGGGGUUGGGGAAGGAGGGCAGGGCCAGUUGUAUUAUGAGGCAUUUCAUUGAUGACAAUUGUGUAUUCUUCAUAGUAUGACCAGAGAUCACUGGCCCCAAAACUCUUGCCUUGUUAUGUGAUGUUGGACUUUUUUUAUAUUUUUUUCCCUGGCAUUUUUUAUCAUGUUGAUUAACCAUUUUAGAUUAGAUUCCAGAUACAUUUUGACAUUGCUGUAAUUUGGAGGUGUUAACUUCUGUAGCAUCCUUUUUUUAUCUUGCUGAA